CAUUUCCCAGAAUGCACUUCGUAGCCGCUUUAAGAUCCCCACGUCUAUGCUGCUAGUCGUCAGGAUACGUCGUCAAACGCGGCGGGGAAAGGAGUAUCUUUUUUUUUUUUUAGCAGCGAUACGAGCCAUUUUACUUAAAAAAUAAGAAAAUAUCCGAACGUAACAUACAUUUGGAGACAAAGGGCUGUCGCAUGUGACUUUUGUAUGACUCGUUGCUGAAAUAAGAAGCUUCACCAGCUCGUGUUCCGCUCAAAGCCACAACGUUUCGUUUUUUCCCACCCAUCAUUUUGUUAGGCUUGCUUUUGGAACAUUAGUGCACUGAAUUGUUUUUUAUUAUAACUUGCAACUGGACGCAUGUUGGAUAUCCGGAGGACUGUUUGGGUUUAAAUCUUCUGAAAGUUAGCUGCCAAAUAUAGCUAGCGUUAAUACCGCAGCGUCCUUGGCUGAGCACGAGUGGAUCAUUGCCGCCUUGCCAAACUUUAUAAUUACACCGUCGAUCGCAUUUCCGCCCUUUUAACCCCGUUUGUCGUUUUAAAGACACAUUUCUUAUCCCGUCCUUGAACAAAACGAUGGCUUUUAAUGUCGGUUUGAGCAUUUUGCUGCUCCUGCUGACUUCCACGGUGCUCCAUGCUGAGGCCGAGCAAGCACGCCACGCCACCGAGAAAGAGAGCCCGCCGACGGUCACCCUGCGCAGCUUGUUCCGUGGAACCAGCCAGGAGCUCCAUCAGUACGCGGAGUCUCUGCUGGGAACUGGUGUCAUCCGAUCAGCGGUUGAGAGUGCACUCUUGUUGCUAGAGUCACUGCUCGGGCAGGAGAACGUCUAUUCAGUGGCCAUGUUUUUGCAAAUGGUGAUCCGCUGCGUGGCCGAAGGAGCGUCCAGCGGCCUCAACGUCAUCGCAGUGUACGUCACGGAGAUCCUUCGAGUCACAGGAUUUGAUGCUACCUUCACGCUGCCUCGCUUCACCCCAGAGGGUGUGAUCACAGUGGCCCAGUGGGGCGUCCUGGCUCUCAUGGGCUACUGGGGGCUGACCAUCCUCCUCCGCCUGGUGAUCGGCACUCUGCGGCAGGUCUUCUGGUUGGUGAAGAUGGCGGUGGUGCUGUGGCUCUUCGCCAUGAUCGUGAGCGACAGGAGCGCCAGCGGGGAUACCACGGCGGUGCGCCUGGGCGGCCUGGUGCUGGCGUACAUCCUGUUGAGCCUGCUGACCUCCGGCUCGGACCAGACGGGCGUUCUGGAGCAUCGCCUGAGGAGCCUGGAGGGCCGAGUGAAGGCGGUGGAGAAGAAGAAAGGUAACAAUUGAGGAAACGAUGGACAAAGGGGAUAGUUUGUAUGGGUGUCAAACUACUAUUGGUAAUAAAAUGGCUUUUUAAUGAGAAAGUAGAA